AAAAUAAAAAUGUGAAACUGAACGUUAAUGGUAAGGGUAUGUUGAAAGGGUCUGAUCUUACCCAAGUUCAGGAGGGUUUGACAUCAGGUGAAACAUCUUCCAAGGUGACACCUACACAUUCAGGUUUUUUUGGAAAGGAUCCCUAUUUGGAAGAAAGCUGUUAUGAUGCUUUCGUGGGGAAAAUUAAGGCUAGUAAGAAGUAUACAAAAAGUAAGUCUGAACAGGCCAUUAGCAUUAGUAUAUUCAAGUCUGACACUCAACUGACUGUUAAAGAAGAACUUAAAGUUGCAAAAAGGGAAAAAGUGGAUCAACGAAAUUCCAACCCAGCUCAACAAAAGAUACCAUGUAGCCUUACAAGUGAUGAUAAGAUGGAAAAAUUAUAUGUGGAUUAUCAGGAUAAUAAAGAAGGCAAAGUAGUGAAAUAUGACAAAUAUGGGGAAAUAUAUGUGCAAGGUAAAAAAAGUGAUGAAGAACAGAGGGAAUUUAAAAACAAGGAGAAAAUUUUUAAACAGAUAGCAGUAACUGUGUCAUCCUCAUCAAGUGAGGAAACAGACAAUGGCUCAGCAAAAUAUGUUCUUCAGAUAAACAAAUAUAAUUAUGACAGAAUGAUGAAGAAAGAAAUGGGCGUCAAAACCAGAAAUAUUAAAUGGAAAGAAGAGCAAGAUACCCACACAGAAGGGCAGAAUUUUGAAAACAUUAGUAUUAUAGGCCAGACUGAAGAGAAGACUAACCCAGAUGACAAAUCAGAUAAGUUAGGAGAGAAUACAGAAAGUGUGCAAGAGAAUAAGGAAAGUGAAAAAGUUACGGAAGAAGUUGAAGAAGACAUGGAGAAACAAGAUUCAAAGGUUGACAGUGAGAUACAGUCUGAAGAGGAGGAGGAAGAAGCAAGUAAAGAAAAAAAAGCUGAUUCUGUACUAACCAUAGACAGAGAUGCUGAGGAAGGUGAAAAGGAAGAUGUUGAGGAAGGUGAAUUGCAAUCUGAAGCAGAAAAUGAAGAAGAACUGGUGGAUGACAUGGAAGAUAAUCUUCAUAUAAAAUACACUGAGGAGAGAGACAACACAGAUGUUGAACUACAAGAGGAUGAGAUUGUAGCUAUAGAUGAGGUAGAAAAGGAAAUAAAAUCUGAAAGCAUAGAAAAAGAUGAAUUUGUGGACGAAACAAAAGAAACUGAGGAGGAACAAGAGAAGAAUGAAUGCGUGAAGGAGAAGGAAAAUGAGAGGAGCAAGAGUGAAGAGAGGGAGACAGAAGAGGAUAAAGAAUGGGGUUCUGGGGAGAAGGAGGAAAGGGAAGGGGAGACAGAAGAAGAUGAAAGGGAGGAGAAAGAAGUAGAGGUGGGAGAAGGGGAAGAAGAAAAUGACAGGGAAGAUGAGGAGGAGGAAGGAGAAGAAGAGGAGGAGGAGGAGGAGGAGGAGGAAGGGGAAGAAGAAGCAGAGGAGGAAGGGGAAGAAGAAGCGGAGGAGGAGGAAGGGGAAGAAAAAAAUGUGGAAGAAGAGGGGGAGGAAGAAGGAGGAAAAGAGGGAGAGGAAGAGGAGGAGGAGGAAGAAGAAGAAGAAGGGGGAAAUGAAGAGGAGGAGCUGGAGGAUGAAUCAGAAGCUGGACAAGAAGAACAGAGUGAGAUGGAGGAAGAGGAAGAAGAGGAGGAGGAAGAGGAAGAAGAGGAGGAGGAAGAGGAAGAAGAAGAGGAAAAGCAAGAGGACGAGGAAGAUGAAGAAGAAGAAAGAGAAGAGGAGGAGCAUGAUGCAGCUGCUGCAGUUGGGAAAACCAUGUAUCAUAAACAUCAGGAAAAGCAGAAAAUCCGAAAAGAGGAGACAAACAGUAAAAUCAAAGGCUCUAACCAAAGAGUAAAAUCAAAACAACGUGUUGUGAAUGGACUACAACAUUCACAACAGUUUUGGAACAACGUGCUACCUCAUUAUUUGACAUUAAAAUAAUACCAGGCUGAAGAUGAAUUUGCUCAAAAAACUGUAUUCCUAUGCCAACAUUUAUAUUUAAUUCUUCAAAUUGUUCUGUUUUUGUAUAAAACACAAAGCCACAGUAAGAUUUUACUUACUUCUUAAAGCACUCUAAAAUGAUAUUGAACUGGUACCAAUCUGCCAGUAGGAGCAAGAUGCAGCAUUUCCGACUGUGAAUCCAUACCAAGUGAUAUGAUCUCCACUGCGCUCCCAGUGUCUGUCCUGCAGAUUAAGCUUGUUGCAGUGUUAUUACUUUGAACAGAGCAAUGAGAUGGAGUUUUUCCCUUGCCACAACAUCCCUCCUGUUUAAAGAGAUUUCUGCUUUGGGACCAUUGGAACAUUUGGAACAUUUCUCAUUUGGAACCAUUGUUUGAAGACAUUCUGAUGUUUGUAACCAGCCACUUGCUUAUGAUGAAUUUUCUACAGGUGAGUUCCUGUUCCUGUGAGGAUAGACCCACAUGUGCAACUGCCAUAGUACUGCUACUCUAAUAAUAAUAAAAAUGAGCGCGGCAGCGCUCCUCCCCGCCGGCCGGAAGUGGCCGGA